UCCGUAAAUUCUUAAAGGAUGUUUCCUUAUUACAGAAACAUGAAGUCUAUGAUGGCUGUCAUCCUGCUCCUCUGCAUGGGUUUCAUGUGUUCUGUUUCAGGAGUUGUUAUCCAAUCUGAGAACAUUACAAAUGAUUCCCCCUUCAGUGAAGGACUUGUUGUCCGAUCUCAGAGCAGCACAAACGCGUCAUCCUGCAGUGGAGGAAGCUUACCAACGUUACCAUGUCCUGAUGGAUGGGAGCAGUAUGGAGAACGAUGCUACAAGUUUAUCAGCACUGCUAGAUCCUGGGCAGAAGCAGAGCGCUUCUGUGUGCUGCUGGGUGGUAACCUGGCUUCUGUGCACAGUAUUGCUGAGUACCAUUACAUCCAAGGACUCAUCGUGACAGCAACGCAUGGUGCACCACUCACUUGGCUUGGUGGAACAGAUGCCCAACAGGAGAGCAUUUGGCUUUGGAGUGAUGGAUCCAGAUUAACGUUUCUUCACUGGCACCCUGGCCAACCAGACAAUUACAGAGGUGUUGAACACUGUUUGCAGAUCAACUUUGGAGGUGGCCUCCUGUGGAGCGACUUGGUUUGUUCAACUCUACUUCCAUCUGUUUGUGCAAGAAACCUUGAUUAAGCAUGAUAAUAAUUUCACUGAGUUGAUAGUGGUUGUAGUGGUUGACAAUGAUGUAGGCUGUACAGUAGUA